CAUUAUGAUUUGCACAUUGUGAACAUGGCUUGGGCUGGUAACCAUCAUUCAUUUUUGAGCGGGCUUCAUUUUGUCUGUCGACAUAUUGUGAUUAAAGAAAAGUUUUAUUUUCUUGCUGUCUGAAAAUCUUGCUCAAAGAACAGGACAGAAUGCGUCAUCGCAGGCGCCGCCCAGCGACUAUGCUGCUGCUGUUGCUGCGGGCGUGCUGCUCCAGGCGUCACCUUCUCCGGUGCUGGGGAUAUGGCGAUCGACAGAGAUGGGAAUCAGAAUCUCCUUGUUGGUGUCAUGAUUACUCUCUUCAUCCCUGUCAAGUUGGCGCUGGAGUGUGAGACCGGAAAGGAUGAUGUGAAUGGGCGGUGCUGCUCCCCUUGUUCUGCAGGUGAGAAGGUGUAUGAACCAUGCAGUGCAACAAAAAACACCACCUGUUUGCCUUGUGAUCCCAGGACCUACACAGCACAGGAGAAUGUCCUGAAGAAGUGUCACCAGUGUAAAGUCUGUGACCAUGCGCUCGGCUUCGUGACCAGAAAAGAAUGUUUACCUAUAUCCAACACUGUGUGUAACUGUGCUACAGGCUAUGUCUGCGCUGCCAUGAAAGAUGAUGACUGUCAGAAGUGUGUGCCUAACCUAGUCUGCAACCCUGGUGAAUACUUGAAGUUGGGAGAGAGAAACACCUGUGAAGAGUGCCCGGCAGGGACUUUUUCUCCCAAUGGAACCCUUCAGAACUGUGUGCUGUGGACCAAUUGUAUUGCUCAGGGUUUAUCUGAAGAAAAGCCGGGUACCAACACCACCGAUGCUUUGUGUUCACUGCCUACUAAUACUGAACAAAAACCUAUCAUCAUCAUCGGCAUCAUCGGCAUCAUCGGCAUCAUCGGCAUCAUCGGCAUCAUCGGCAUCAUCGGCAUCAUCGGCAUCAUCAUCGGCAUCUGCAGCAUUUGUUGUCCGGGUCAUUCUUCAUUAAGUCCGUGCAGGAGGCAGAACCAAGAGAGAACUAACAAUGAGGCAAGACUGGAUGAAGCACCCCACCCUGUAGAGCUCUCUGACUGCCCUGAGGCCAAUGGGUCAAUCUAUUUCUCUUUGGAGGAGAUCAGAGAACAAGAAGAAUCAGCUCCAUCAAGGGAAAGAAUGUUCAUGAUUCAGGACAGUACAGAACCUUGGGAGUACAACGAAACACCAGGGCCAAGCAAAGAAGGGAACAGCUGCGACUUGCCUUUUGAACACUGCCCAUUUCUCCAGUCUCCUGGGAUUAUUGUACCUGAUGAUCACAUUCUUAGAAACCAUUUAGUCCUACCAGAAUCAUAGAAUUUCUUGUUGCUAUUACUUUUUUUU